UGGGGGCGGCCGGCGGGUGUCGAUGCAGUACAACCCUGGCUGGAACAACUCCUCUGUCAACCUGCUUCAUGUGCGGGCGGUGGGGCCCAGUGACACCCUGCACUACGUCUGGAGCAGCAUUGGGGCCCCCGCGGUGCUGCUGGUGGCUACGGAGAGCAGGAGCAGCGCCCUGUGCGUCAACUGGACCCAGCUGCUCUCGCCCGCUCCUGCGGGCGCCAUCUGGAUCGACCCUCCCAGCAGCGUUGUCUACUCCGCUGCCGUUGUCUUCACCAAGGUGUUUGAGUACAGCGAGGCCAAACCGCUGGAAGAGCUCUUCUACCCCACAUACGACCUGUCUGACUUUUCCUGGGACAGCAUCAAUCACACCCUGAACCACACGGCCCUGACGGCCGAGUUCACGGGCAUCCCGGCCGCUGACCCCAGUGGCAGCUUCUCCAACGGCAGCCUGGCGUUUCGGGUGACAGCUUACGAGACCAGUGGCCGUGACGGGCCCCUGCCCAGCCUCCUGCACACGGCAAACAGCUCUAAAGUGGAGUUUGUCCUGGCUGGGGUGGCUCCGCGGGGCAACAGCUCCCGAUUUGCGCUGGAGGUGGCCACGGUGGAAGAGAGAGGGGUGGUGCAGAAGCUGCGCUCGGCACGCUCCAUCGACGACGAGUACACUCCCACCAUCUUCGAGAUGCUCUCCCUGGUAGCCGAGUCCCAAAAUGACAGCUCCACACUCAGCUUCCUGCAGUGGAAGGCAACAGCCUACGGCUCCCAGACCCCCAGGCGGGAGGACAGCAUCCAGUGCCGGUCUCGCGGCCUGCAAGCAGCCAACUGGACCCUGCCGGUGUCCAGCAUUGUCCACGCCUACUUUGGGGAGGGUGUAGGCAGCACCUACACCAUCAGCGCCAUCAAUAUCUCUUUUGGGGGAGAGGACGGAAAGGUUUACCAGGAGAAGCGCUACCUUAGCUGGUCGGCGCUGCUGGGCUUCGGGCAGCCCCCCAAGGACACUUUCUCCCCCCUCGUCAUCUCCAUCAUGGCUGUGGCGCUGGGCACCCCCAUGGUGAUGCUCCUGGUGGGCAGCUGCGUGGUCCUCUUUGCCCAGAGGAAAGGCUACUCUGAGUACGAGCCCAUCAACUGAGUGGGACAGUCCCUGGAGAGACCCCCGGGAUCCUUCCUGUCGCCAGGAAACAACCACGGCUGCUGCAGGGGCUCCGGUGCCUGCAGCCUCCUCUCUGUCCUCCCCUGCGUCCCUGCAAUCCAGGCUCAGAGGGCACCAGGGCAACAUUUGCAGCAGUUGCCCACGUCACGUAUCCCUCUCUCCUGCUCUCUCCUACUGCCCAGAUCCUGCAUCCGAUUACACUUCUUCCUCUGUUUUUUCCUGAUCCGUCCAGCCAAGGGAAGCGACUGGGGGGAGGUGGUCAGCGUUGCCUUGAGCUGUGGAAAGAUCCUCCUUCUCCCAAGGGAUAAAACCACUGUUGUCCUGUCUGCAGCCAAGCAACAGCCGGGACUGGCUGUGCCCUGUCCUGUGCCACUUCCAGAGCACUCCGGGGUUGCUUGGGUGGCCCCGACCCAGGAGCAGGGCUAGAGGACGGGGCUGGGGACCGGUACUGCUCCUGCCAGUGCCUUGCUGCUUCUUGCUGUGCUGGGGGCAUCCCAGAACAGCCCCCCUCAGCCCCGCUGGGGCUCACGGACUCCUCAAUCCCCAACAGGCACUUUCUGCUGUGCUGGCCUGGCUGAGGGCUGCUGGUACAAAAGGGAAACCCAGUGCCGCUUUGCAGCAGCUGCUUGAGCUCAGGUCCGUCCCGUCAGCCCAUAAAGGGCUGAUCUGGCCUUGCUCGCAGUUGACUGCAGCCGUCGGCUCUGCAGGGCUGGCUCGGAGGUGCUAUCCAGGUGCUUGAAGCCAUGGGGCAAGCGUGAUCUGUGGCUACUCGGUGUUUGCAGAGGUACCGCAUCACUUGGGGGUGCGCUGGGUUUUCACGUUCUCCAUCACUGACUUGUUUUUGACCAAAUA